UGGGGGGGGGCACCCCUCCCCCCCCCAACUGCCCCCCCUCCCCCCUCCCCGGGGCGCCCAUGGAGCACCAGUCCAUCAUCGCCCAGGUUAGCAGGGAGGAGGGGAGCGCUCCGCUGCAGGAGAAAGGUACCCAGGCCCCUGCCAAGAAGCCUCGGAGUCGCAGCAUUCUCCAGACUCUGUUCUGCUGCCUGUGCCGCGAUGAAGGGGAGCCCUGUGCCAGCACCACCAGUGCCCCACUGCUGGUGGAGGAGAAUGGGGCCCUGCCCAAGGCUGCUGUCAAACAUCUCCUGCCUGAGAUCAAGCCACAGGAUGCCAGCAAACUCUGUGUGGUCAUCGACCUGGAUGAGACACUGGUGCACAGCUCCUUCAAGCCAGUGAACAACGCUGACUUCAUCAUUCCCGUGGAAAUAGAUGGCAUCAUGCACCAGGUGUAUGUGCUCAAGCGGCCACACGUGGACGAGUUCCUGCAGCGCAUGGGUGAGCUGUUCGAGUGCGUGCUCUUCACUGCCAGCUUGGCCAAGUACGCAGACCCCGUGGCUGAUCUGCUGGAUAAAUGGGGGGCUUUCCGGACACGGCUUUUCCGGGAAUCCUGCGUCUUCCAUCGCGGCAACUACGUCAAGGACCUGAGCCGCCUGGGCCGCGACUUGCGCCGCAUCAUCAUCGUGGACAACUCGCCUGCAUCCUACAUCUUCCACCCCGAUAAUGCUGUGCCGGUGGCCUCCUGGUUCGAUAACAUGGCAGACACGGAGCUGCUGGACCUGCUGCCCUUCUUCGAGAGGCUCAGCAAGGUGGAGGAUGUGUACGCAGUGCUCAAGAAGCAACGGACUAACAGCUAGUGCCCCCCCUCCUCCCCCAAAGGUGCUGCCUGCGGGGGGGGCACUGCUGUGGCAGCCAGGUGCCUUAUUUUAGGGGCAGAAGGGGUCCUGAUGUGCCCCCCGCUGUCGUCCUUCUCAGCCCUGGUGGGCACGAAUGCCUGCUGGUGGUGGGAGAUGUAGGUGCCCUUGCUGAGGAGCUGAGUGUUCCCCUUUCUGUGGAGGAGGGGGUCCAUGGGUGACCCACUGCCUCACUGUGCUGGGGAACUUGUUAAGGGGGGGGUCUCAGCCUUCCUCACUGUCUUAUCCCCAUCCCCCAACCUGUGUUCCCCCUCUCCAAAACAGUUCUCAGGUCCUUUUCCCCUCCAUGUUCCCCUAAGUGGGGAGGAGGGGGGUCAGCAGCUGCUGCUUUCCACUGCCUUUGAGGGGGAACUGGACCCCCCCAUCCAGGUUCUGCUUGCUGGGAGGGGCUGGCAGCCCUCAGACCCUAUCUGCAGGGGGGCACAAGGAGGGUUAACCCCUCACUGCCCCCUAAAAAUCCAGGGGUCUUACUGGCCUUGGUGCAUGGAGCCAUCACCGUACCCUUAAUUCUGCCCUUGGUGCAGCUGACCACCUUGGGGGAGACCUGUCCCUACUCUCUCCUUGUGCCUUCUGCUGCCCCCCACCUAGGGGCUGUAUUUUAGGUAGCAGCCUGGUCUCAGACCUGAGUAUCUGGCCACAAAUGCCACCCACGUGCCUUGGAACACCACAUCUCCAUGCCCCACCAUCCUUUCAAAGGGUGUGCCUGAAGGCUGCUUCAUUCACCCCUUCCAACCUCAGUUUCUUUCUGUGGGGGUGUUCUGGUGGCCUCCCCCCUUCUUAUGCUGUCAGUUGAAGCCACUCCAGUCACCAAAGGCCCCAGUCCCUCACGGGGGGGCCACACACUCCUUCCCCAUCCAUUUGCAGCUUCACCAAAGGCUGCAAAUCCUAUGGGGGAGGGACCCCCAUACCAGCCUUAGUGGGCCCCCACCCAAGCCUUAUUCCAGCCAGGGCCUAUGACACUGUAGGCUCCCUCUCCCUGCCACCUGGGGUUACACUGACCCCUGUGGGGUUGGGCUUGUGCCAGGGUGUUUCCCAGCCUUGAGGGGCUGGGGGCUCUCA